AGUGCCAAGGACACUUUUGCUGCCUAUAAUUUAUAAUUUCUGGUUUCUUAAUUUACUGCCUCUGUCUCUUUCUCUCUCUCUCUCUUGUCUCUUUCUCUCUCCUCUCUCUUUCUCUCUCUCUCUCUCUUUCCUCCAUGAAAAUUAACUGACUUUUCCGGCAUUGACUGACCCAUGAGUCGCCGGGCCCCGACUCCGAGACUCACAGUCAGAUCGGUGGAAGUUGUUUUGUUGGAGGGAUCCCUUUGUGGAUUUUGGUCCGGAGUAGUAUUGGACAUUUCCGAUACAAAUUCAUGAAAUAGGAAAGUCAGAAAGUUGGGUUAGUUUGCCGAGGGGCUGAGCUCAAGUAUGAAGUUUGGAGGGGAUUUUUCAGUUCCGGUGGAUGAGGAUUUUCGGUCCAUGCCUCCUUGGGUACCGGUAACGCCUCAGAAGCCUCUUCCAUUGAAACCUCACCCUAUGCUGCUUAACCCCCACGGUAAUCACCUACCAGCAGCAAAUUGGCAACACGAAUUGGGGAAUGUACAAUUGGGUGAUACUUACAAUGGCAUGAGCCCAGCUAUCAACCCAAUUGUCCAGUUUCCUAGAAAUGUUGGGUGUUAUGGUGUUGAUGGACGUCUGGCUCCGCAGAAUGGAAUGACAAAUCACAUUCCAGGUUCAUACUCACAGUUGCUUGGCAGUGACAGCUCAAGUUGGAACAAUGAAUCCUUCACACAACUACUACUUCAGGAUAAUGCAGCUGCAGUUUACGUUGCCUCUGCAGACAGGAAUCUUAGCAGAAGUGUUGACAUAGCAGCAAAUGCACCUCUAACUCCUAAGUUGCAUCCUCAAGUGGCCAACCAAAGAAACAAUUCAAGUAGUUUCUUGCUGACCAACCAAAAUUGCAACAAUGGUUCAUACCCUUCGAGUGCGGUGAUGAGCAGGCGCACGGUUGUGGAUUUCCCUUCUCUGUUUGAUAACAGUCAGGGGCAUUCCAAUGUAGCUAAUUGGUUGCUUAACAACGAAAAUCACAGCUCAAGUUCAAACUUGUUGAGUAAUGGUCACAGCUCACCCCAUAUAAGCCAGAAUGUUUUCCCCAUGCCCUUGCGACCGAGCUAUGAUCUAAACUUAAACUCCUCACCGAGAACAGAAGCCGAUACUACUUCAUGUGUUCCCAGCCAACUCCAAUUCACACCAUAUAGGGCCAAUCGUAUGGAGAACAACCGUCUUUCGGCAAUACAAACAUCCUUGACAGAUGAAAGCUCUAGCAAGGAAAACGACAAGCAGGUGGACUUUUUCACGUCUACAGGAGAUGUAGCAAUUCAGAAACAUGGUGGAGAACUCUUGCAGAAUAUCGUGGAGUCAGCUUCUGCAACCAUUUCUACACCAUACAAGGAAAAUAAAGAUUCUGACCAUGAAAGUGACAGAGGGAUUGAUCUAAACCAGACAGCCCAGCACAAAACACCCAAGAGAAGGAAGCACAGGCCAAAAGUAAUCAUAGAAGGCAAAACCAAAAGGACUCCAAAGCCUGCAACUGCAAAGAAUGCAGAGCCUAAGGAGUCCCGAACAGGAAAGAGGAAAUACGUUAGAAAGAAUGUCCAAAAGGAAUCGUCAAGUCAACUGGUAGAUGGUACGAGUGAAGCAACAUACCAUAAUUGGAAUAGCUGCAAAUCAUGCAGGAGAGUUCUAGACUUUGAUUUGGAAAUGACCACAGUUGAAAAGCAGGGCAAAGCUGCUAGAAAUAAUCAGUCUAAAAUGAAGUCUGCUAAGCUGAUUGACCUAGAAAAUGAAGUGAUGGUAGAAAACCAGAGACUGGAAUCUAUGAGUCACCCUGGCCCUUCAAUGAGUCAUUUGCCAAGUAACUAUAUAAUUCUUCCAGAAGGACAAGAAUCUGCAGUGCCUCAUGCUACAAGAGGAGACACACAGAUAAACAAUUUGCAUGUCACAAAAAGGCAUGCAGAUAGUCGAUAUGAAUACGCUCCCAUGCUGCAACAUGGCCAGGAUGAAAGAGUAGGCAAACAUGCCGUGCGAGCAAAGACUAAUGGUGAAAACCAUGAGAAGACUAAAGAAAGUGUUAAUCAGGGUGCCUAUCAAUCAGCACUAAAAGCUCUGUCACCUGCUAGUGAAGGAAGGGGAUCCAAGAGGGAAUAUUGUCAUAAUAUUCAGCAGACACAUCUUUGUUCCAAUAAUCUGUCUAGUUCACUGUUGUGCCAGGAGACAUUUGAAUUGGAUGGCCAUCAGGAACGUAGCUGCACUAUCAGCAAAGCAAGCCAUAAAAAGCAGAAAGUUGACAAUCGAUACUUGUCCAUCCACGACAUGCCGUUUAAAGUCACAGCAGUUGAGGAGGGUCUUGGAAGAGUUGAAAGAAAAAGGGCAAAUGAUGCCAACUCCAAUGGAUUUGCAGCAGCACUAAACCAUACAAUAUUGAAUUCUUACAUUGGAAGUAACAGAAUGAAAGAGAGAGAAAACAAUGGGGUCAACAAGUGUACCAGUGACAGGUUCAUUGAUUCUAUAGCUUCUGAGCAUGAUUCGCCAAAGCAGCAGAUACCAUUCAAAUCGAAUUCUUGCAAAGAAAUCACUCAAGUUCUUAGCUUCUCUACCAAUUCCACAAUGGAAACAUGUAAGCAGCUUGUCUCAUCAUCUCCCAGAAAAUCCUCUCGACGAGGUAAGAGGCAGGAAUUGCAAACUCAGGAACCAAAGUCAGCAACGAAGCAGGCUGUGGUAUCCACUGUAUUGGAAUCUGCUUUACCAAGUACAGAUAAAAUGCUGCAAGAACAGGAUUUCUUGUAUGAUCAUCAACAGUCUUCUGCAAAAACAUUAGGGCUUCCGCUAAGAACAAUAUAUCCUUCAAUUAUGGAUGACAUCAUACAUCGAUUUAGUGUUCUGAGCAUCAAUGGGAGCUGCAAUGAAUUUCAGGAGCAAGCGCAAAAUGCACUUGUUCCAUACAAAGGAGAUGGUGCAGUUGUUCCCUAUGAAGGGUCUGAAUAUAUUAAGAAACGUAAGCCACGGCCUAAAGUGGAGCUUGACUCAGAAACAAAUAGGAUUUGGAACCUUCUGAUGGGGAAGGAAGGAAGUGAAGGCACUGAAGGACCUGACAAGCAAAAGGAGAAGUAUUGGGGAGAGGAAAGAAAGGUUUUCCAAGGUCGAGUCGACUCAUUCAUUGCACGCAUGCACCUUGUUCAAGGGGACAGACGUUUUUCACGGUGGAAAGGAUCAGUUGUUGACUCAGUGAUUGGAGUUUUCCUUACUCAAAAUGUUUCAGACCAUCUAUCAAGCUCUGCCUUCAUGUCUUUGGCAGCAAGAUUUCCGCUAAAGUCAAUGAGCAAUCACCAAACACAAGACAAGGUUGGGACAGACAUACUGGUUAAAGAACCAGAAGUAUGCAUUCCAAUCCCAGAUGAUGCUACCAAAUGGCCUGAAGAAAGAACAAGUCAACCAAUCUAUAACCCAAUCUCUAUGACACCCUAUGAAUCUCCAGAACAUCAGAGAGACAGUGAGACUUCCAGGACAGGAAAGAACUUAAUGGAGGCACAUAGUCAAUGUUUGGAGGAAGAAUUUGUAUCAUCUCAAGAUUCUUUUGGCUCCUCGGUCACUCAAGGAACUGCAGGAUUUAGAUCAUACUUGGUCUCCAAUUCAGAAGCAGAAGGUCCUACCGCUCGGCGCCAACCCAACAAGGUUAGCUCUAAUUCAGCUUACCCACCGAUGGAGAAAGAUAUCGUAUUUCAAGACUUUUACCAUGAAGUACAAGGAAGUCCACUAUUAGAUGAUGGAUCCAGGCAGAGGCUUAAACAAUGGGGGGAGCUAAAGACAAGAUCAGACAGAAUAGAUGAUUUCAGUGGCACUUGUUCAGUCACAAAUCCAAUCAAUCUUGACAACCGAAAAAUGCGACCAUCAAUUGCUCCUUCCAGCAGCAAUCAUUUACAGAUGUACCUAAAUUCUGGAGAACCAGAGCCAUUUGGAUUGGAAAGUUUCAGUGAAGAAAGCAUAUCUUCUUGUUGGCCUUCAACUGCUUCCAAGGUCAAUGUGCAAAAAGAUGACUAUUACAAGAGCUUCAGAAAUAAGGAAUUGUCAGGAACUGUUGUUAGUUCAUCUGUCGAACAAAGUACUUUGUGGAGCUCUCAAGAACCUGCCACAAAGGAUCCAUAUGGUGCUCUCAGACAGCACUCAAGUGACCAGCAAAAUUAUUGUCAGCCAAGACCCAGCAAUGAAUAUUAUCAACCUUCCCGCGAAAGUCAUCAACAUGAGGGGAACCAGACCUUCCAAUUAGAGAAAAAUUCAUUCAUAGAGCCUGUAAAACAUAGUGAACAACUUCCAGGAAAGAAGAAUGAUGGCAUGCAGCAAGUCCCAAAUGUCAAUCAGCUGAAUAAGAAAUCUUCAAAUGCCGGAGAUAGUAUCUCUACAGUGAACAAUGGAUCGGUUAAUUCAAAUACAAAGGAGCAAUCUUCCCAUGAACGGUCACAGAAUGAGAUUGUUACUAAUAUUUCAAAAGGAAGGAAGAAAAAGUCAGAAAGUGACAAAAAGAACGCAGUUGACUGGGAUAAUUUGAGAACGCAGGUGCUGGCCGAUGGUAGGAAAAAGGAAAGAAACAAAGAUGCAAUGGACUCGCUUGACUAUGAAGCACUUAUAAAUGCUAAUGUUAAAGAGAUUUCUAAUGCUAUCAGGGAGCGAGGGAUGAACAACAUGCUAGCUGAGCGAAUUCAGGACUUCCUAAAUCGAGUGGUUAAAGACCAUGGAAGCAUCGAUUUGGAAUGGUUGAGAGAUGUGCCCCCUGAUAAAGCAAAGGAUUAUCUAUUAAGUAUUCGAGGUUUGGGCUUGAAAAGUGUGGAAUGUGUUCGUCUUUUGACACUUCACCAUCUUGCUUUCCCGGUUGAUACAAAUGUUGGAAGAAUAGCAGUACGACUUGGAUGGGUCCCCCUCCAACCAUUACCUGAAUCACUCCAGCUCCAUCUCCUAGAACUGUACCCGAUGCUGGAGUCAAUUCAAAAGUAUCUCUGGCCAAGAUUAUGCAAACUUGAUCAAUUAACCCUGUAUGAGUUACACUACCAGAUGAUUACAUUUGGAAAGGUUUUCUGCACAAAAAGCAAACCAAAUUGCAACGCAUGUCCAAUGAGAGGCGAGUGCAGACACUUCGCAAGUGCUUUUGCAAGUGCUCGACUUGCCCUGCCGGGGCCAGAGGAGAAGAGUAUUGUAAGUUCAAAUACUGCAGCUGUAGCUGAGAAGAAUCCUGCUGGAGCUGGCAAUAUAAUGUCAUUACCUCCACCUGAAAACUACUCGCUUCAGAAAGUAGGUUCUUAUAGAAGUGAACCAAUCAUAGAAGAACCAGCGACACCAGAGCAAGAAUUCACUAAUCUAUCACAAAGUGACAUUGAAGACUUGUUCAAUGAGGAAUAUGAGGAGGAUCCUGAUGAGAUUCCUACCAUCAAUGUCAGCAUGGAACAGUUCACAGAUACAUUACAAAACUAUAUGCAAAAGAACAUGGAUCUCCAAGAAGGUGACAUGUCCAAGGCUUUAGUUGCCUUGAAUCCAGAAGCUGCUUCUCUGCCUAUUCCCAAGCUCAAGAAUGUCAGUCGACUACGAACAGAGCACCAAGUGUAUGAACUACCAGAUUCACAUCCACUUUUGGAAGGGAUGGACAGACGGGAACCAGAUGAUCCAAGCCCAUACCUUCUUGCAAUAUGGACACCAGGUGAAACUGCAAAUUCAUUUCAACCACCAGAAAGCAGGUGUGGCUCCCAAGAUGGAACCAGAUUGUGCAAUGAGAAGACAUGCUUUUCAUGCAACAGUAUAAGAGAAGAAAAGUCACAGAUAGUCAGAGGGACAAUUUUGAUUCCUUGUAGAACAGCAAUGAGAGGGAGCUUUCCACUCAAUGGCACAUACUUUCAGGUUAAUGAGAUGUUUGCAGAUCAUGCUUCUAGUGUCAACCCAAUUGAUGUUCCAAGGGGAUGGAUAUGGGAUUUACCAAGACGACCUGUGUACUUUGGAACUUCUGUAACAUCAAUAUUCAAAGGUCUAUCAACAGAGGGGAUCCAGUACUGCUUUUGGAGAGGAUAUGUUUGUGUAAGGGGCUUUGACAGAAGUACAAGAGCGCCAAAACCCUUAAUCACAAGAUUGCACUUUCCUCAAAGCAAGAUGACGAAGGCCAAAAAUGAAGAGUGAGGACCAUGGUGCAGAGAAGAUUUUCUUUCAGGAGAUCAGAUCACUGACUUUAUGAAAAGAAGAACAAUGACUAACAAAUUCUAGCAUAUUCAAUUAUUCUUCCUCUAGCAUGAGAGGCAUUCAUUAUACAGUAGGAAGGUAGCAGAAAGCAAAUUCAGAUAUAAAAGUUGAGAUCUCAUUAAAAAUUGUUGUAAAGAAAUAAUCCCCAUUAUUAUUGUUUCAAUAAAUGCUCAAAAGAGAGCAAUUCUUCGAUUAUCAA